UCGCUUGGGAAAAAGGAAGGUUCGUUUCCGAGUUAGCAACAUGUAAAUACAGGAUUAGUGGGUGGGAUUGAGGUGCGCCUCGGUGCAUAAAUAGAGACUGGAGCUGCCCCGGCACACUCAGAAGCUUGGACCGCAUCCUGGCCGGCUGGCUCACACAAGGCAGGUGGGUGGGGACGUACAGAUUAGCCAUGGAAAAAAUUUCAGUGUCAGCAUUCUUGCUCCUUGUGGCCCUCUCCUACACUCUGGCCAAAGAUACCACAGUCAAACCUGGAGCUAAAAAGGACACAAAGGACUCUCAACCCAGACUGCCACAGACCCUCUCCAGAGGUUGGGGUGAUCAACUCAUCUGGACUCAGACAUAUGAAGAAGCUUUAUACAAAUCCAAGACAAGCAACAAACCCUUGAUGAUUAUUCAUCACUUGGAUGAAUGUCCACACAGUCAAGCUUUAAAGAAAGUGUUUGCUGAAAAUAAAGAUAUCCAGAAAUUAGCAGAACAGUUUGUCCUCCUUAAUCUAGUGUAUGAAACAACUGACAAGCAUCUUUCUCCCGACGGGCAGUACGUCCCCAGGAUAAUGUUUAUCGACCCAUCCCUGACAGUUAGAGCCGACAUCACUGGAAGAUAUUCAAAUCGUCUCUAUGCUUAUGAACCUUCAGAUCUACCUCUGCUGCUUGACAACAUGAAAAAAGCUCUCAAGCUGCUGAAGACUGAACUGUAACGAAAAUACAAAAUCUGCAAGCUCUUCCCUCUGUGUUAGACCUUGAGACUUGAAACCAGAAGAGAUUUUAGAAGACUGGAGAAUGCAGAAGCACUUGUCGGACACACGGAUUAGAUUAUGGUGUCAUGUUACAACAACUAUUUCUUAAAAAUUGGUUUCAAGUAUUCAUGUAUAAAAACAAUAUUGUAUACUACCAUAGUGAGCCAUGAUUUUCUAAAAAAUAAAUCCUUUUGGGGGUGU